AUGUCCCAAGAAUCCCCGUUCAAUUCCAACACGUUUGGGAACACGCUGUCGUUGCGUGUGGACGGGAAUUAUCUGUCGACGAUGUCGAUUUCGCCGAGCGGGCGGGACGCUGUGUUGGCCGGGCGACGGGGGCUUUUUGUGAUCGAUCUGGACGACCCGUUCGCAGCUCCUCGAUGGCUCCACCACGAAACGUCCUGGGAGGUUGCAGACGUGCAAUGGUCCCCUCACAGGAGCAAGCCGUCGUGGGUCGUUUCUACGUCGAACCAAAAAGCCAUGGUUUGGAACCUUGCUAGACCGUCCCAUGACGCAAUAGAACAUGUUCUCCAUUCCCAUACUAGAGCGAUAACAGACAUCAACUUCCACCCGCACCAUCCAGAGCUGCUGGCAACUUGCUCGGUCGACUCCUUUGUACUCUCGUGGGACCUACGUUCUCCAAGGAAACCCAUCAAUUCGUGGUCCGACUGGAGAGCCGCGGCCUCCCAAGUCAAGUGGAACUACAAGAACGCAAAUAUAUUGGCCUCCACUCACGACAAUCAUAUUCUGAUUUGGGACACACGUAAGGGAGCUAUUCCAUUGGCAAAGAUCCCUGCCCAUAACGCCAGAAUCAACGGAAUCGACUGGAGUAGAAGCCAAGAGGAGAAACUUAUCUCGUGCUCCAACGACAUGUCGGUCAAGUUCUGGGACGUGAAAAAUUCCCCUAAUAAGCCAGUGUACACUAUCCGGACAGACUUCCCGGUGAGCAGAGCCCGUCAUACGCCGUUUGGCGAUCAGGUCUGUGGAAUCAUGCCUGCACGAGGAGGUCAGAACUCGGUCUACAUCCUCAAGUACAAAGAUGAGUCAGGCGAGUCCAGAUUGAAGCCCAGCUACAUUUUCAAAGGGCAUACAGAGCCGGUGAAGGAUUUUCUGUGGAGAACGCGACACUCUGAAAACGCCACUGUGGACGACCGCGAGUUCCAGCUUGUUACGUGGUCUGCAGACUGUGAUUUGCGUCUUUGGCCUAUCCACGAAGACAUUUACGAUAACUUCAACUACAAAAAGAACCAGCCGCUCAAAACGCCGCUCCCCGACCAUGAGUAUAGGACGUACCGCCAGGAGCCGCCAGUCGCUCCAAAAAACAAUCUCAUCAUUCGCAGAAGAAACACAAAUAUGAUCUCUAGCAGGGGCAGUUUCACGUUGCACAACGACCAGUUCAACCAUCUGAACUGGAUUGCAGGAAUUCGUAUUGGCCAGUCUGCCGUCGAGCAGCUCGACGUCAAGGUCGGAGACAGCUCGUUGCCUGCUAACCUUGCCGAGGAGGUCAGUAACGUGGGUCACAAGUUCCCCAAGAUCCGGUUUGAGAGAAUCAGCGUUUCUACGGGAAAUCUCGUUAUUUCGCUGAACGGUCCAUGGAAGGACGAGCUGAUCUUCAUUCGGGUUGAGAUCAACUUUCCAUCGGAGUACCCAUCUCCAGAAGGAAUUCCCCAUUUCUCCAUCGAGGAGACGCACGAGUUGACCGAGGAAGACCGCAAAGAGAUGCUCACCAACCUAGACGAGAUUGCUUCCAAGUACUGCGCGCUGAAGCGGUUCUGUUUAGAGCCAUGUUUGCGUUAUUUACUUGGAGAGAAGGUGAAUUUGGACAUCGAACAGGAGGAAGACGACUUGACUCUUGAUCCUUUUUCGAUUCCGUACGAGGACGCAAAUGGCUCAGACAUAAGUGUUGAUGUUUCCUCGAUCUCCGACAGAGACAGUGGAGUCGAUUCUGACGAUGACGCGGUCGCUGUUCCCGAUGUCAGCAAGCCAACGUUUGACAGCACUCCUGUUCCAAAAGGCUGUGGAGCUAUUUGGACUGCCAGCGGACAUCUUGUUUGUUUCUUCAUCUCGAACGAAGACAAGAAAGCUCCGCAGCAGGUGUUCAAGUUUGGACAGCAAGGAUUUGGGCUCAUGAACGGGCUCAAGGGCAAGAAGAUCGAGAACGGGCUGGAUAUUGCCAACAAUCGCGGGGAUUCCGACGAAGACUCCUCAGACGUGAGCUCCGAAGGCAGUUUCUCGGACGAUCUGGACAUUCUGCGGUACGACAGACUGUACAAGACGAAAGCUACCAUUGAGAACGCAGCUAGCAACCAAGGGACACAUACAUCAAAGUCGAAACAGAGCAAGAAUCUGGUGACUAUCCAUGAUUUCCGGCAUCUUAUUCCAGCCAAGAUGGAGCUUGCUUACGAAUACAGAGUUCUGGGAGAUACUCCGGAGAAUCUCUCCAAAUGCAACGCUUUGGUUGCAGAAAAAUAUGGAUACAAAGACCUGGCCGACUGUUGGAAACUUCUGUCGAUUAUUCUUGUGAAGGAAGUCCAAUUCGAAGACAAGCUGGAUCUUGCUAUUCGAAGUGGUAUUGUCCCCAAAGAGGAGUCGGUCAACAGGUUCUAUUGGGGGUCGCAUCCUUUUGGAGGUAGAUGGCUAGCCAAAAUGAUCAUGAGCUACUACGAGCGUCUGGGUAACGUCCAAAUGCUAGCCAUGUUGUCCUGUAUCAUGCACGAACACUUUGAAAACAGAGACCGUCCUGGAGUUCCGAUCAACACUCCGUAUUCGAUUGGUCCUCCAGCCUCGGAUAGAGCGUCUGUUCGUCAGAAUUCCCGAGGCCCAAUGGUUUCUUUCGACACACGCAGUCCGCACGGGUCGUACCGGCCGUUUGUGUCGCGAAACAGACUGUCCUCGGUCAGCACUGCGUCUAUAUCUGAGAGCUUAGGGGGAUCUCCAGGCGACAUGCAUUUCUCGAACCGCCGCGGAAUCCGGCUCCAGAGCAUCACUCCAAGCAACCCGAACCCGUCAGACUCGUUUUCUGCUUUUAUGGGCCGGUCUCCUGGAGCAUUGACUCCGUCGUCGCUCUCGUCAGGCGGGAACGUUUUCAGUCGGGCGUUCCAGAAAUCUAUGACCAACGGGGUUUCUGUGACGGCUCCGGGGGUGUCGAUCCAGAUGCUCAACGUGGAGGACCUCGAUUUGUACGAAGGAGUCUACUCGAUGAGUCUGCUGGAUACGCUUGACAGGGAUAAGUUGCAGAUGUACAGGUCGGAAUAUGCAGAUCUGCUAUUCUGCUGGGGGCUUCCAGUGUCUCGGGCAAAAAUCCUGAAGUUCAACCACGACGGGGGCCGUAUUGGCGGGCAGUCGGAGCAUCUGGGCGGUGUUGGGUGGCUGAAGAACAGCGCGCCGGGCAUCUGGGACGGGGUGCGGCUGCAACGCAAGUGUCAGUUCUGCCAUCUCUUGAGCCGCGAACGGCUCGUUGUUUGCACGGUCUGUAACCAUCUUUUACAUGCGGAGUGUGCUCUUCAAUGGUGGGAGCAAGAACGUAUGGAGGAGUGCUGCAGCGGGUGCGGGUGCCGAUGCCUGGACCACCGACUCCGAGAAAUCGAGAUCUGA